AAGCAUGCUACAGUAAAUAAAAUAUAUGUUGCAUUUAUAGUAAAGUGUCUUAAAACCAUUUAUGUUAAUGAUCCAAUUCAUUCCAUACUGUAUCUGCAGUGUAAGCAAGAAUCUAGAUAUUUCUAUCAAACUUGGAUGCUAAACCAAGGCUGGAAUGUAUAUAUAAUGCAGAUGACGAACUCAAGCUCAGAACUUAAAAAAUGAUUCUCUUGCAGAAUCGAAAUCUGAUAUUAUGGUCAAGAUUGGUCUGAGAAAAGAUUCUCACUCAUUUGCUAAGGCUUUUGCUGCUGUUUUUCGAAGAAAAUGGAACCCUGGGGACGCUAUCUCUAGCAGUGAUUCAGAGCUGCUCUUGAUAUCCGAUGCAGCACAAUUAUCAAACUGCCUUGUUUAUUUAGCCAUGAGGGCUUUGGUGUCAUCCUCUUUACAUGGCUCUCUGUAUUUAAAAAUGAAUGCUUGAAUUUUUUACUUGGUGUAAAAAAUGAUUACUUACAAGAGAUAGCAGAUGAGAGUGUCUAUUUUUUGUUAUUAAUCCGUUUACCAGCUUUCAACAACUCAUUCAUCAUGUUGGCAUGUGUAGCAGGCUGAUAAUUAUGAGAAAGUGUUCUCCCACAUGAAUUUCUUUGGGGCCAUUUGUAGUCAUUUGGCCUUGACUUUCUAAAACACAUCAGCAUGAUACCUGUGUAUCCAAAGGGAAUGGGAUCCUCGAUAAGAAGGUUAUAUGUACAGAGGAAAGAAAUCAAUGGUGCUGGCAUUAAUUCGAGUUUUGCUAUCCACCAGGAUGUUCAUGGCAGAGCUACAGAAGUUGCCCUUGGAUUGUUAGUUGUCCUUGGUUCUCUCUUCACUUUUGCCACUACUUUCGAGCAGGAGUGCAAGAGUGAUAUUCUUGGGGAGAGAGAAUAUUGUUCAGAAGGUAUACAGAAAAUGGAAUUUGUGAGGAUCUUGCCUACAACACUGUGGAGUGCAUAACAUGAAUUAUUUCUUGGACCAUAUGAAUAAACGUUAGUUUUAGUAGCAUAAUUUUUUCAGUAGGUAUCUACUCUUGUUAUAUUUUUGUUGUUGCAUACUUUAUUAUCCCUUUCCACUACUUUUUGUGCUUGAUGUAUCUCCUAAUUAAAUAUUUAUGUUGUAUAUUGUGACGGGGUAUGCUGGUUGUCUACAAUUCAUUGACUGAAGAUAGCAAAAAAGGCCUUUGAGGCUGCAUGUAGCAACUUUCUUAGCAAUUUGAAUUCUGAUGUUAGAGAAUACUGUUGGGAAUCUACUCAACGUGUGUAACAAAAAUUAAAACAAUUUUUGA